AUGAGAGAAAUUUGUAUUCUGAUUGGGGUUGUGUCCUUUAUUACUCAAAUACUCGCUGCUGACAAAUCCUGCGAUGCAAAGCGUUACAAUGUCGUUUGUAACCUGGCCAGCUGGUCGGUCUAUCGGGAGGGAGAAGGAGCCUUCAACAUCAGCUACAUAAUUCCGAGUUACUGUACCCACAUAAUAUACACCUUUGCUGGGUUGAAUCUGGCCGGAGGCGUCGACUCGUUGGACUACCAAAACGACAUCAACGUGAACAAGGGCUACCAAAAGAUCGUGGAACUGAAGGAGGAAAGUCCCUGCCUAAAAGUACUGUUGGCCAUCGGUGGUUGGAACGAGGGAUCGGAGAAGUACUCUCUGAUGGCAGAUUCGGAGGAAACUAGAGAUGCGUUUGCUGAUAGUGCCUUGCGCUUCUUGGCUCAUUAUGGCUUUGAUGGACUCGAUGUUGAUUGGGAGUAUCCUACUUUGAGGGGUGGCAUUCCUGAAGAUCGAGAAAAUUUCGUCCUGCUUCUGCAGACACUUCGGGAAAAAUUCCGCCGUCGCAACAAGAUUCUUUCGAUUGCAAUCAGUGGAUCCCCCAGCGCAAUCCAAGCUGCCUACGACAUGCAGGCCAUUUGCGAAACGGUGGAUUUUGUGUCCCUGAUGGGAUACGACUACAGUGUCAGGGACAAGACGAGCGUUGACGGGCCACUCUACUCGGAACAGGCUAUGCGAUCCGAAUCGAUCGACGGAGCUAUUAGUUAUAUUCGUAAAAGUGGUUGCCCUUUGGGUAAGAUCAAUUUGGGAAUUUCAACGAUGGCAAAGACGUACACGCUAAAACCAGGAGCGACUGCUUCUGUUAACGCGGGAAUUGUCGUUCAGGGACCAGGAAAGGCAGGACCGUUUACCAAGAAUGUCGGCGUUUUGGGUUACAACGAACUGUGCGAGAUGAUCAUGGAUGGAAAAUGGAAGAUGGCUUUCCUAAGGAACGUUGGCGUGAAGGUGGCCGUCCAGGGCGACCAAUGGGUUACUUAUGAUGAUGGAGAAACGGUCGCAAUCAAGUCCAAAUAUGUGAAGGAGAAGGGACUGGGAGGUGUCAUGUUCUGGACCAUCGACACGGACGAUUUCAACGGAGAUUGCUACAACGAAGCCUACCCGAUGGUUUUGGCAGCUAAUAAGGAGUUCGGAUAUGUUGUAUAGACGUAAUCGGAAUUAUUUAUGGGCUACGGUGGAAAUAUAUGGAACAACUUGACCUUGAAAGCGGCAGA